UUUAGAUUCGCGUCGACCGUCGAACAGGUCGCAUUCGCUCCUAGCCUCGUCCUCCUGAGUGUUUUCCUGCUCCUGUGGCUCCACAAACGAUUUGGUCAUGAAGUGGUUUCUGCUGUUCGUGGCGGCCCUUGGCCUGGGAUUGGCCUCGGCCGACUCCGACUCCAGCUACAAUUACUACCGUCUGCCCACUUCGCUGCGCCCCCAGAAGUACCACCUACGCAUCCUGACUGUGCUGGAAAACCCGGAGGACCUCCGCUUCUCGGGCUCUGUCAAGAUCCUGAUUGAAGCCCUGGAAAAUACCAGGAACAUAACGUUGCACUCGAAGAACCUGACCAUAGACGAGUCCCAGAUAACUCUUCGCCAGAUUGGCGGGGAGGCAAAGAAGGAUAACUGUGUGUCCUCCACUUUGGUGAACCCCACCCACGACUUCUAUAUCCUCAACACCUGCCAGGAACUUCUGGCCGGCAAUGUCUACGAACUGUAUAUGCCCUUCAGCGCCGAUUUGAACCGACAACUGGAGGGUUACUACCGCAGCUCCUACAAGGAUCCCGUGGCCAAUGUUACCAAAUGGAUCUCUGUUACUCAGUUUGAACCUGCAUCGGCUCGCUUGGCCUUCCCAUGCUUCGAUGAACCCGAUUUUAAGGCUCCUUUCGUGGUUACUUUGGGCUAUCAUAAGAAGUACACGGGUCUUAGCAACAUGCCCGUGAAGGAAACCAAGCCACAUGAAACCCUUGCCGACUACAUAUGGUGCGAGUUCCAGGAAUCCGUGCCGAUGUCCACCUACCUGAUUGCCUAUUCCGUCAACGAUUUCUCCCACAAACCCUCCACCCUGCCGAACAGCGCUCUGUUCCGCACUUGGGCCAGGCCCAAUGCCAUCGAUCAGUGCGACUAUGCCGCCGAGUUUGGGCCCAAAGUGCUGCAGUACUACGAGCAGUUCUUCGGCAUCAAGUUCCCGCUGCCCAAGAUCGACCAGAUCGCCGUGCCCGAUUUCAGCGCCGGUGCCAUGGAGAACUGGGGUCUGGUCACCUACAGGGAGAUCGCCCUCCUCUACUCUGCAGCCCAUUCCUCGCUGGCGGACAAGCAAAGGGUGGCCAGCGUGGUGGCCCAUGAGCUGGCCCAUCAGUGGUUCGGCAACCUGGUCACGAUGAAGUGGUGGACCGAUCUGUGGCUCAACGAGGGAUUCGCCACUUAUGUGGCCAGCUUGGGUGUGGAGAACAUCAAUCCGGAGUGGCGUUCCAUGGAACAGGAGUCGCUGUCCAACCUGCUGACCAUUUUCCGCAGGGACGCCUUGGAGAGCAGCCAUCCCAUCUCGAGACCCAUCCAGAUGGUGUCGGAGAUUUCCGAGAGUUUCGAUCAAAUCUCCUACCAAAAGGGUUCGACGGUGCUGCGCAUGAUGCACUUGUUCCUGGGCGAGGAGUCCUUCCGCUCCGGUCUGCAGUCCUAUCUGCAGCAGUACUCCUAUAAGAAUGCCGAGCAGGAUAACCUUUGGGCAUCGCUUACCCAGGCGGCCCACAAGUACAGGGCUUUACCAAAGAGCUAUGAUAUCAAGAGCAUCAUGGACUCGUGGACUCUGCAAACUGGUUACCCCGUGAUCAAUGUGACCCGAGAUUACUCCGCCAAGACAGCCAAACUCAACCAGGAGCGCUACCUCCUGAACACCCAGAUAUCCCGAGCUCAUCGCGGUGGCUGUUGGUGGGUUCCGCUGAGUUACACCACCCAGUCGGUGCAGGACUUCAACAACACUGCGCCCAAGGCCUGGAUGGAGUGCGGCAAGAACGGCGAGAGUCUGCCCAAGACCAUUAAGGAUCUGCCCGGAGCCGAUCAGUGGGUCAUCUUCAACACCCAGCUGUCGACAUUGUACAAGGUCAACUACGAUGCCCAUAACUGGAAGCUGCUGAUCGAGACUCUGACAAAUGGCGACUUUGAACGCAUCCAUGUGAUCAACCGGGCUCAGUUGAUCGAUGAUGCCUUGUAUUUGGCCUGGACCGGAGAGCAGGACUACGAGAUCGCCAUGCGACUGAUUGAGUAUCUGCAGCGAGAACGGGAGUAUCUGCCUUGGAAGUCUGCCUUCGAGAACCUUAAGCGAGUGGGCCGCAUUGUCCGCCAGACCCCCGACUUUGAGUUCUUCAAGCGCUACAUGAAGAAGCUGAUCUCCCCGAUCUAUGAGCAUUUGAAUGGCAUCAACGAUACCUUCAGCUCGAUUCAGCAGCAGGAUCAGGUCCUCCUGAAGACGAUGGUGGUCAACUGGGCAUGCCAGUACCAGGUGGCCGAUUGUGUGCCCCAGUCCUUGGCCUAUUACCGCAACUGGAGAUCGGAGCCGAAUCCCGAUGAGAAGAACCCGGUUCCGAUUAAUGUGCGAAGCACUGUCUACUGCACCUCCAUAAGGCACGGAUCCGAUGCUGAUUGGGAGUUCCUGUGGAUGCGGUACAAGAAAUCGAAUGUGGCUGCCGAGAAGAGGACCAUCCUGACGGCUUUGGGUUGCUCCAGGGAGGUGUGGCUGCUGCAGCGUUACCUGGAGCUGACCUUCGAUCCCAAGGAGGCUAUUCGCAAGCAGGACUCGAUGUGGGCCUUCCAGGCGGUGGCCUUCAACGAGGUGGGCUUCCUGCUGGCGAAGAAGUAUUUCAUGGACAACGUUGACUUCAUCUACAAAUUCUACCAUCCGCUGACCAAGGACAUGUCACGCCUGCUGUCCCCGCUCUCCGAGCAGGUCAUCACACUGAGCGACUUCAAUGAGUUCAAGGACUUCGUCAACAACUCCCGCCAGUCGCUCAAGGGCCUGGAGCAGGCCAUCCAGCAGACCCUGGAGAUAAUGCUCACCAAUGUGCAGUGGAAGGAGCGGAACUACCACCAGAUGUCCCGCUCCAUCCAGCAGCUCCUCUAGACUUUGCCAGUCCAGCCUCUCAUCAGCUCAUUAAGGAAAGAUUCUCUUGAUUUCAGCAGGAAUAUUAUGAAUGUUUAAAGUCUCUUAAAUAAACUAUUUAAUACUCUAG